GACCGUAGUGAAUCGUAUGGAAGGAGCGGUCAAGUUGACUAGGGAGACAGCUCUCUUACUUGCCUGGUUGAUUGUCCUGGCGAAGACUGUUCCAAUGCAAGCUCUUUAUGUAUUCAUUGUCCGAAGCGCAAUUAUAGACAUUUGUUAUCCAAAUCCGGAUGAUCUUCAGAACGUCAAGGCACCACGACAGGAAAUUCUGACCAUGACACUCAAAACGGAUCCAUGGUACUGAUACACAACGAACGAGGAAGACUAGGCAUCGCAUGCAGCUUGCAGAUGUCUUUCUCUAUCAUUUUCAGUCGUUUGUAGAUCCAACAAAGAAGGAAGUAAUUAUAGAGGAGC